AGUUUGCUCUAGCACACAGAGUAAUUAAAAUACUGCCAGUUUUCACCAUGGAGGCAAAAACAGGACUUCUGAUUUGGUGGAUUUUAAUGAUGAUCCAGGGGAUGACAUGCAGACCAACAUGCAGACCGACAGACAGACCGAGUGUCACACCGGGAUGUCAUGUGAUAGCACGCACAGAUUUCACAAAGACCAUAAUGAAACAACUGUUGGAGGAGUUUCUCUCAAUAAAUGGAAAUACUUCUACAACAUGGCCAUCAAUCUCAGAACUUGAGUUGACGAAUUUGCCCUGUGAAGAGAAAAUACAGAAAGCUCAAUGUGGACUUAACUUCAUGCGAAUGGCACUUGAGCUGAUAUAUCAACACCAAAGUGAGCUACACAAUAUCACAAAGCCCAUAUUUAAUCAAACAAAUGCAGCAAUUAAAGAAUUAAAGCUGACUAAUGACUGUGUUAGCAAAGCUGUAGGUAAAUGCACAAAAAACAUUACGCAGCCUGUCUUCGCUCAUGCAGAUUAUUAUAGUAAAAAACAUUGGGACCAAGCUGUUCUUGAGACCUCUGUAGACUUUCUGGAUGAACUGUUAAAAAUGGUACGUCAUCUCUCAAGCAAAAAAACAUUGACAUCAAAGAAAUGAUGCAUUUCAGUUAUAUAUCCUUGUUAUUUGUCAACUGCACUUAAUAAUUUAUGAAAGAUUAAGUCAUUUCCUGUUGAAGUGUUCUGUUGAAAUGUUCUCAUGUCCAUUUUAAUAUUUAUUUUUAACAUUUAUAUAUUUUUAAAAAUUGUUUUAAAAAUAUUGUCAGUAUUGUCCUGGGUCAUAAUUUAAGACAGUUAAAUGUAUGUUAUUUAUUAUAUAUAUAGAGAGAGAGAGAGAGAG